AACAAUUUAAGGACGGCGGUUCUUCCACCGCCUGCGCGUGACGCACUUCCUGUUUGCGGCCCUGCCAGAAGCUGUGGAAGUCCUGCUGCUGCUCUUGCUGCUACCACCACCACCACCACCGCAAGCGGGAAGGCAGCAGCCGAAGCUCCGAGAGAAGAAGGAGAAGAAGAAGAAGGGGAGACCGGAGUGCGGCUGUCGCUGGCCACGAAGCGGGGAACGAGGGACGAGCGGGAUUCUUACCCGAACGCAAUAAAACAUGGUGGAUUAUUAUGAAGUUCUAGGAGUGCAUAAACAUGCCUCCCAAGAAGACAUUAAAAAAGCAUACCGUAAACUUGCAUUAAAAUGGCACCCUGACAAAAAUCCAGAUAAUAAAGAGGAAGCUGAGAGACAAUUCAAGCAAGUUGCUGAAGCUUAUGAAGUGCUGUCCGAUACUAAAAAGCGUGAUAUCUAUGACAAAUAUGGAAAAGAAGGGUUAAAUCCAGGUGGAGGUGGAAGCCAUUUUGACAAUCAAUUUGACUAUGGUUUUACAUUCCGGAAUCCUGAGGAUGUCUUUAGGGACUUCUUUGGUGGAAGAGACCCAUUUUCUUUUGAUUUCUUCGAAGAUCCUUUUGAGGAUUUUUUUGGUAAUAGAAGAGGGUCACGUGGAAACAGAAGCAGAGGCGGUGGUUCAUUUUUCUCUGCCUUCGGUGGAUUUCCUGCCUUUGGGGGCGGUUUUUCUUCCUUUGAUACAGCAGGUUUCACUUCAUUUGGUACUCUUGGCCAUGGAGGCCUUACUUCAUUCUCCUCCACAUCAUUUGGUGGUAGUGGAAUGGGUAAUUUCAAAUCUGUAUCGACUUCAACUAAAAUAGUUAACGGCAGAAAAAUCACUACAAAGAGAAUUGUUGAGAAUGGACAAGAGAGAGUAGAGGUCGAAGAAGAUGGCCUGUUAAAGUCUUUAACAAUAAAUGGUGUCCCUGAUGAAGAAGUUUUUGCAGCAGAGUGUACCCGCAGAGGACAAAAUGCUUUGCCUUUCCAGCCGGCUAAUGUCCGUUCUCCAAAGUCCCUGAAACCCACCACCUACCCUAAGCAUGUCUUCCAUUGUAAUAGCGAUGAAGACGACGACUCGGUCAUGACCAACUGGGAGAGUCCCUUUUAUUCAUCAGGACACAAAGAAGGCAGCAAGCGGAAGAAGCAGAAGCUGAGGGAGGAACAGAAGAAGAAGAAAGCGGCCAAGGCGCCAUAUUAGAAUGGAUUCUGAUGUCCCCAGAUGCUAUUCUUUUGUUGUUCUUCCAUUUGAUCCCACCCAGGUCCUUGGUGCAUAUAUUUCUUACAGCUAUUCUCACUCAGCAAAUGAGACAAUAGUUAAAAAUACACUAAAGUUGCACUAUUAUGCUUGAGCACCACAUACUUGUUGAAGUUGAGAUAUAAGACACCCCAGUUAGAAACUCCAUCCCAGUUAGAGUAAACCAGUGUUAAUGGUCAGGAGGUCAGAUACUGUAAAAUAGAGUAGGUUUUGAUUAAAAUUUUUGAAGACAUAGUAACGCAAUGGGGCCUUUCCAUUUCUUCCUGUCCUGGGUUAAGCAUGUUUAUUCAAAGUGAAUAUUUUUUUUUUAUUUCUGAAGAAACCCCAAUAGAACCUUAACAUAUUUAAAUUUGCGUCCAAUGAGAAUGGGAUUAAAUUAUGCAUUUAAUCAUACAGCUGACAAAUGUUUAGAGUUGGGAUUGGAUUUUUUUUAAAAUUUUACAUUUAUUUACCCCCGGGGGGGGAAAAGCGGUUGACUUUCCAUUUUGACCUAUGCUAUUAUUUAUGUAUGUUGCCUUACGAAGAGCAUCCUGCAAUGAUUGAACAGAAUACAUUCACAAUAAACUGUUUUGGGAACUAGAUCCUUGUGAGCAUGAUAUGACCCCAAUAUUUCUAUCAGGACAAAUUAUAGCUGGCCUUGGAAACAGUACGCGAUUGUCAUUGACUGGAAAUAAGCAGCCAUUGCAAAUUGCGUGUAUGUGCGUGUGGUAUAAAAUAAUCAUAAUUACAUCUUGGCAGUCAAAAUUCAUCUUCUUUUAGCACAUGAAAGUAUAUGGCCAAAUUGACCUAUAAUGUCAUUCGUAUACUAGAUGUAUCCAGAUAUAGCUAAUUGGCUUGGGUGGGGCAUGCACAUACAUAAUUGGAAAUUUAAGGAUAUAAAUAUAGUAAGAUUACAUAAUCCCACCUGUAUACAUGUGUAAUUUGCAUGGUCCGUGACUUCUUUUUAACCUCAUAACAAAAUACUAAGCCAGAACCUUCUUCCAAGCAUGGUUACUAUGAGCUGCCUUCUUGCUAUUUACUCUACAAAUUAAAAUAGUUGAAUGUUUUGGUCUCUUUUUUUACCUUCCCUUUCACCAAUACAUUGUGUUGCCUAUUCUCUCUUAUUGGAAACCCUCAUUUUCUAGAGAAAUUUUUUUAAUUACACCAAAAUAUUAUAGCUUAGGUCAGGAAGAUGGUGAUGUAAGUGGAUUUACCAUACUUAUCUGGAUUCAAUUGUAAUGCCUCUAUUAUGAAAAUGUAAUCUUGUGCAACUCAUUAGGAUAUGUUUAAAAGGAACAUGUCUGAAUCAAGAUGGAGAACCAUUUUUUUGUUAUGGAAAUACCACUGAAUUGUUGUGCUGUGUGACUAAUAUUUAAAGAAAUAAAGUAAGUUCCCUUAUUA